UCACGGCAUUUCCUCCCGGGGGUGACUUGGCAGUGGCGUGCUCUGUUUCCUCACUUCUGCAAUUUCCAGACGGCACAGAAGCUGGGUCUGCAGACAGAGACACCAGGAUCCUGCCGCUGCAGCUGCUGCCCCUGGUGCAGGCACAGGCAGGACCCUGUGACCAGCUGCCUCAUUCCAGCCCAGAGCGAUGGAGUCAAAUAAUAGCUCUCGUGUGGACUCUGAGUUUCGGUACACUCUCUUCCCGAUUGUUUACAGCAUCAUCUUUGUGCUGGGGGUUAUCGCCAACAGCUACGUGCUGUGGGUUUUUGGCCACUUGUACUCUUCCAAGAAACUCAAUGAGAUAAAGAUCUUCAUGGUGAACCUCACCGUGGCCGACCUGCUCUUCUUGCUCACCCUGCCACUGUGGGUCGUCUACUACUACAACCAGGGCAACUGGAUUUUCCCCAAGUUCCUGUGCAACCUGACUGGCUGCUGCUUCUUCAUCAACACCUACUGCUCUGUGGCCUUCCUGGGCGUCAUCACUUACAACCGCUUCCAGGCAGUGGCAAAGCCCAUCAAGACCGCUCAGGCCUCCACCCGCAAGCGUGGCAUCUCUUUGUCCCUGGUCAUCUGGCUGGCCAUUGUGGCUGCUGCAUCAUACUUCUUAUUCAUGGAUUCCACCAACAUAGUGCCCAACAAGGCUGGCUCAGGCAACAUCACUCGCUGCUUUGAGCAUUAUGAGAAAGGCAGUGUGCCAGUCCUCAUCAUCCACAUCUUCCUGGUGUUCAGCUUCUUCCUUGUCUUCCUUAUCAUCCUCGUCUGCAACUUGGUCAUCAUCCGCAAGCUACUCAUGCAGCCAGAGCAUCUGCAGCGCAAUGCAGAAGUCAAGCGCCGGGCACUGUGGAUGGUCUGCACGGUCUUGGCUGUGUUCAUCAUCUGCUUUGUGCCCCACCACAUGGUGCAGCUGCCCUGGACCCUGGCUGAGCUGGGCUUCCAGAACAACAAAUUCCACCAGGCUAUUAACGAUGCACAUCAGGUCACCCUCUGCCUCCUUAGCACCAACUGUGUCUUAGACCCCAUCAUCUACUGUUUCCUCACCAAGAGUUUCCGCAAGCACCUCACCCAGAAAUUGUAUAGCUUGCGCAGCAGCCGGAAAUGCCCCCUGGCCACCACAGAGACGGGCAUUGAAGGGGUCAUGCCACUCAACCAGAUCCCUGUCAAUUCCCUCAAAAAUUAAUUCCUGAUUAUUGGGGCCAGGCCCAGAGGCUUCUCCUCCAUGGACAUCACAGACCAACCUGGGAGAAGAAGGGGUAUCUGCUGUGGUCUGGUCACCUCCUCCCUGGGCACUGGUGCCCGUUAGAUAUGGAGGCUAGCUCCCCAAGGUGGGGAUGAUGGCAGAACCAGAUUAUGGGAAAAUCCGGAACUUGAAUGAGCCCCUCCAGCUACCUUUAGGCAUAGGCCAUAGCAAUCUUGGCUGGUGACCUUAUCCUGAGCCUGAGUCUGAUAGCUCUGGGAGGAACAUCAGGGCCAGGGGCAGACCUUGGGGGCAGACUCUGAGCCACUCAGUUCACCCUAGCAGGGCAGUACCUCAAGUGAGUGUGGCCUAAAGUUUUGGGCAACCACUCCUUUUAUCACUAUAAAGUUAGAGAAGGGGGGUUUCGGAAACCCUCUAGCUGAGUGACAUUAUCUUUGGGGCAGACUUUUUUUUAAAGUAUGCUUUUUGGUGAGGAAGAUUGGCUCUGAGCUAACAUCUGUCACCAAUCUUCCUCUCUUUUUUUUCUCCCCAAACUCCCAGCACAUAGUU